AUGUCCCUCCCCUUCCCGACCCGUCAGCUUUACUACGACGGCCAAGUGCGCGCCGCCUCGUCCGGCAAGACCUUCCAGACUAUCAACCCCGCUACCGCAACGCCGCUGGCCGAGAUCCAGGUCGCUUCCAACGCUGAUAUCGACGCUGCCAUUGCUGCCGCUGACCGCGCGUUCGUGACAUGGUCACAGACUCCCUAUAUCGUGCGCGCCCGUGUCUUGCACAAGGCGGCUACUCUGCUACGCGAGCGCAAUGAUGAGAUCGCCCGCGUCGAGACGCUUGACUCGGGCAAGGCUUUCACGGAGACGAGCACCGUCGAUGUCGUGACCGGUGCCGACGUGCUCGAGUACUACGCCAACUUCAUCGGCGGGGGUGGUCUCAAUGGCGAGACGACGCAGCUGCGCGAGGAUGCAUGGGUGUAUAGCAAGAAGAUCCCCCUGGGUGUCUGCGCGGGUAUCGGUGCUUGGAACUAUCCCAUCCAGAUUGCCCUGUGGAAGUCCGCCGCUUGCCUGGCCGCCGGUAACACCAUGGUCUACAAGCCCAGCGAGUUCACCCCGCUCCACGGCGAGACUCUCGCACAAAUCUACACCGAGGCCGGCCUUCCGGCCGGCGUCUUCAAUGUGAUCAACGGCGCUGGCGACGUUGGUGGCUACCUGACCAGCCAUCCCCUCAUCGCCAAGGUCUCCUUCACUGGCCAGGUGUCCACCGGCAUGAAGGUCGCUGGUUCUGCUGCCGGCAACAUGAAGUAUGUGACCAUGGAACUGGGUGGCAAGAAUCCGCUCGUCGUUUGCCCGGAUGCAGACCUGGAGAGCGCCGUCGACGGCGCCAUGAUGGCCAACUUCUACAGCACCGGCCAGGUCUGCACCAACGGCACCCGCGUGUUCGUGCCCCGCGCGAUGAAGGCUGAUUUCGAGAAGCGCCUGCUUGAGAAGAUCUCCUUUGUGCGGGCUGGCCCGCUCUUCGACGAACAGACGAACUUCGGCCCACUCAGCUCAGAGGUCCACUACAAGAGGGUCGUCGAGUAUAUUCGCCACGGCAUCGAGAACGACCGCGCUACCCUGCUAUGUGGUGGUCUUGGGAAGCCCGCUGUGCCCCAGGACCUACAGGCCGGCUACUGGGUCAAGCCCACCAUUUUCACCGACUGCACGGACGACAUGCGCAUCGUGAAGGAGGAGAUCUUCGGCCCUGUCAUGUCCAUCUUGUACUACGACACCGUUGAGGAGGCCGUGCGCCGUGCGAAUGCCUCUGAGCUUGGCCUCGCCGCUGGCGUCUUCACGAAGGAUCUCAAUCAAGCCCACCGCGUCAUUGACCAGCUCCAGGCCGGCAUCACUUGGGUGAACACCUGGGGCGAGAGUCCCGCCGAGAUGGCCGUCGGCGGCUGGAAGAAGAGCGGUCUGGGCGUGGAGAACGGCCGCAAGGGUAUUGAGGCUUGGCUGCAGAAUAAGAGCACCCUGGUCGAUAUGAGUGGGGCUGUGGCGAGCGUCUUUGCCAAGCUCUAG